AUGUCCACCGACGCCGACACCCGGUACAACACGAAAAAACACCAAGAAGAGUAUGGAGUAGAGGUGGAGACCGAAAACGUGUACUCCGAGGAUGCCCUGGACCCGGUGUAUCAAGCCAAGGCUCGAAUACUGAACGAUGCCUUGCAAGACAUUGGCAUGGGUCGUUAUCAGUGGUACCUGUUUAUAGUCGCAGGCUUUGGCUGGUUUGCCGACAAUCUAUGGCCAAUCGUUACUGGGUUGAUCCUUACUCCGGUUGUCGCGGAGUUCAACUUCCAAGGGCCCUUCCUCAAGCUUGCCCAAAAUAUUGGUCUUCUGGUGGGCGCCGCAUUCUGGGGUAUUGGAUCGGAUGUUUGGGGACGGCGCCCGUCCUUCAACAUUACCCUCUUCAUCAUCGGCGUCUUCGCAACAGCCGCUGGCGGAUCUCCUACUUACAUCGCUCUUUGCGUGUUCUCGGCCCUUUGGUCCGUUGGAGUGGGCGGCAAUCUCCCCGUGGAUUCCGCCGUUUUUCUCGAGUUCGUCCCGGCGUCUCACCAGUACUUGUUGACCGUGCUCUCGAUCUGGUGGGCUUUUGGUCAGCUCAUCGGUAGCCUCGUAGCAUGGCCGCUCAUCGCGAACUAUUGUUGCCCUCAGUCGACCAAGCCGGGAGAGUGCCCUCGCUCGCAAAACUGGGGAUGGCGUUAUUUCCUGUUUACUAUGGGCGGCCUCAUGCUUUUCCUUUGGGUGAUCCGCUUCUUCGUUUUCAAGCUCUACGAAAGCCCAAAGUAUCUCAUGGGCCGGGGCCGGGACGCCGAUGCGGUCGAAGUCGUCCGGAAGGUCGCCGCCUAUAACAGGAAACAAACCACGUUGACGGUGGAGCAGCUCAGCGCCGCAGGGGGCUUGGGUUACGAUGGCGAAGCAUCUGUCCUCCCAAUGGAUACGAGCGCUCGUGCCGCGGUGUUUAGAAAACUAAAGGUGGUCAGCGGUGACCAUGUGAGGGCUUUAUUUGCGACCCGCAAGCUUGCUUGGUCAACGUCGCUGCUGAUCAUCAUAUGGGCGCUCAUAGGGCUAGCGUUCCCAUUGUACAACUCAUUCGUCACUUACUACCUCGCCACCCGUGGGACUGACUUCGGCGACGGGUCACUGUACAUCACCUACCGCAACCAAGUAAUCCUGAGCGUCAUCGGCGUUCCAGGCGCUUUGUUGGCGGGCUGGAUGGUUGAGCUUCCUUACCUUGGCCGUCGCGGCACGCUGUCAAUAUCAACAGUGCUCACUGGUGUGUUCCUGUUCGGGUCCACCACUGCUCGAACAUCCAACGCGUUGCUGGGCUGGAACUGUGGCUACAGCUUCACGAGCAAUGUGAUGUAUGGCGUGCUGUAUGCACUUUCCCCCGAGUUGUUCCCUACGAAAGACCGUGGUACAGGGAACGCGCUUGUCGCGACCGCGAACAGAAUCUUCGGAGUGAUGGCGCCGAUUAUCGCACUGUAUGCGGAUCUUACAAGCUCUGUACCCAUCUUUAUUUCCGGCGCGUUGUUCCUGGUAUCGGGCCUCGUGGCGCUAAUGCUGCCAUUUGAACCGCGAGGAAAAGCUUCGUUGUAAUGCGCAUGAUAGAUUUUGACAUAGC